AUGACUGAUAAUACUGAGAAGUAUCCUCCGGAUAUCCAGAAGCUUUUUGCACCCAAACCGCCGCUCUUGUAUUUGCUGUCUUCAGAUUUUGCAGCUGGACAGAGAGCCACAGCAUCCAUAACACCCGUUUCAGCCUGGAGAUCUGAAAUUGACAAAUACACCGUUCAGUUGAAGGAGCAGGAUUCUUCCAGCAUAAAGAAACAACCAACAAAACACCAAUUACAAGAAGAAGCUGCUCGUGAAAAACAGCUUCUCAAGCGAGAAUCGUUCAAACGACAAUUGCGCGAAUGGAAUGAUCCCGAAAUAUUGCAUCAAAAUGAGAAAGAAUUCAUGAAAGAUCCAUAUAGAACCAUCUUUGUCUCUCGUUUAGACUUCAGCUUAACCGAGCUUGAUAUUUCUAAGCAUUUCAGCAAGUAUGGCGUGAUUGAGUCUGUGCGUAUUAUACGUGACUCUGUAACCGGUAAAUCUCGAGGAUACGGCUUCAUAGUGUUUGAACGAGAGUGGGAUGCCCAGAGCUGUAUCAGUGAAGUGGCGAGAACAGGUGUAAGACUUCCACAAGCAAAGAGAACUAUUUUGGUAGAUAUAGAGAGGGGCCGUAUAGUGCUGAACUGGCGUCCGCGCAGAUUAGGAGGAGGUCUAGGAGGUAGACACUAUACGAGACCCGAUCCCCGUUUCAAUAGUACAGCUUCAGCUGCAGCCAGUGGUAGAAGUAUUAAUAUUGCUAACAACCCACAUAUACCGUCUGGUCAUAGUGGCCAUCGCCAGCAGCCGUCAUAUUAUCCUCCAACACAGAGUACGUUCAAGAGCUAUCCUAAAGAAACCGAAAAGAAACCGGAAAAGUCUGUCAAGGACAAGUAUGCCAAGUAUGCUGCUGUUCUGGAGUCGUCUGGUGGUUACCGUUCUGUGGGAGAGACCCGGUCAAUCAGAAGUAUAAGGCAGGGGUAA